GUAUGCUGCUAGUGUUAAAGUGCAGAAGAUUCCGUUUGCACUGGUCUAUACGGAAUUUGUAAAACAUCAACACAAAUGCUUACACUAUUUUUAUCACUUUUACACUUUUAAAAAACAAUUUCAACUGGAUGGUACUCAGUAACGCUGGAAGUUUAAAUUUUUUUAAAAAGCUGGUUUUUUUCUUCUAAAUGGCGGACGAAUUUAAGACAUACGACAAGACACCCAUCAUUAGUCUCAUCAAUAUAAACAGAUGGAAGUUUGGUCUAAGGGAGAUCAUUCUCGGAGUCAUCGCCCUUUUGCUCUUGUUUCUCUGUGUCAUUUUAGCCAGUCUGGUUGGUAAAGCCAACAAUGAGUUAUCGGAACUGGCGGCUACACAAAGCCAAGCUUACAUUGACGAGCGUAUGUGUGUUGAUAUCGGCUGUAUGGAGACGGCCACCAGGGCCAUGGAACUACGGAACAAAAGUGUUGACCCGUGUGAGAACUUCUAUGAGUACGCUUGUGGCAACUACCAGAGCGUGGCACCGGUUUACCUGGAUGGAGGCACCCGUAGUGUGCUACAAGACUUGAGGCAACAGAACGAAGAUCGUCUCAUCGACCUGAUGGAGACUCCCAUAUCAAAGAUGCACGACGCUUCGUCUGAGAGAAAACUCAAACAAUAUUUCCAGGGAUGUAAUAACAUGUACAGGCGGGACAUCAAGAGAGGCUUUCCUAUCCUGACCCAGAUCGUCCCUGAACUUAGGGGGUGGAAACUUUUAGGCAACUGGAGACAGGACUGGGAUUUUAAUGACGCCCUGAAGAAGGUUCAGUCGGAGUUUUGGGUCGACGCCUUCUAUUCAAUUAGGGUGUGGAAGGACUGGUUUGACUCCACCAAGAGGGCUAUUGAGAUUUCCCCCGCGGGGACGGGCAGGUACAUGUACUGGCGCUGGUACACAAGUCCAAACGCUGAAUCAUACCGUGACGCGUACAAGACGUAUAUUAGAAGAGUUGGCUCCCUUCUGGUCAAUGACGCCAUUACUCUGAACAUCACCCAGGACAACGGGACAACAGAGUCAGAUCUGGACGAGUUUGUCAACGAUACCUUCACCAUAGAGUCACACCUGGCGUCAGUGGCGUCUAAAUCUGCCUACACGUCCGACGUAUACAAGGACGCUAACAAGGUGACCUUGACCGAGCUGACCAGUGAGUCCAACAACCUGAUCAACUGGGUCCAGCAGUUGUCCUAUCUCUUCAGCACCGCCAGGAUCACCGGCGCCACUAAGGUCGUGCUGACACGCAGGGACUACAUCCGGGACCUGACGGAGCUGAUUGCGUCACUUCCUGCCAAGCACCGCAACCGGAUGCUGCAUAACUAUCUGAUAUGGCGCGCAGCAGAGAAUUACGUCAUGGAGAUGUCCUGGGACUACGUCCACGCCAACCGCGAGGUCUACGUGCUGCUGCACAAGCGAGAGAACUUCCUGGGCACCUACAGGUACUGUCUGUACACUGCCCAACGGCACCUGCAGGACGCGCUGAGCGCCCUCUAUGUGCGUCACUUCUUCAGCCAGGAGAACAAAGAGACGGUUCACGAGAUCACAGACAACAUCAAGCUGGCCUUACAGUCACAGCUAGAGAAGGCGCCAUGGAUGGAUGCAACAACCAAACAAUACGCCAAGGAAAAGCUGGAUAAAACCAUCUUCAAAAUGGGGUACCCCGACUGGAUGGGCAAUCAGGCUAAUGUUGACGAGAUGUACAACGGGUUGACCAUCAACGUCAGCGACCACUUCGCCAACCUGCUGAGCAUCAACCAGUACUACCGCAGUCUGAUGAUAGACGAUCUGAUCAAGGCUGACGAAGGGCGCGAGGAGUGGCUGGUCCCUAUCUACUACACUCUACUUUACCUGUACUGGCCGUGGAACGAAGUGGCUGCUCCGGCAGGAGUUCUUCAGUACCCGAUCUACUCCAAGAAACAGCCGCACCACGCGACGUUUGGUUCACUCGGCAGCCUCCUGGGUCGUACCCUACAUCACGUGGUGGACGAGUGGGGGAAAUGGUACGACCAAAAUGGCAACUACAUGAAAGAACAGGGUUCAUGGUGGUCUAACGCUUCCCUCACGGCGUACGAGACGGUCAGAAAAUGCGUCUUGGACGUCUAUACUAACGUCACGAAGACGUAUAUUUAUCCUGACGGGACGUCAGUCAACGCCAAACUAAAUGCUGAAAGACACACGCCCAUGGCGAUUGCUUGGACCAAUGGGAUAAGGCUCGCGUUGAUUGGCUACAAGGAUUGGGUCAAAAGUCAAGGGAUCGUUGAGAAAGUUUUACCCGGAACUGGGUUGACCAACGAGCAGAUGAUUUUCCUUGCGCAUGCGCAGACGUUUUGUUUCGCAAACGAUGACCGUCAGAAUUUAAAUGCCUGGAUGAAAGGUCAAGUUGUUAACGAUGUGAAGGUCAACAUGGCACUGGGUCAACUUAAAGAGUUUUCUAAAGCUUUUAAUUGUAAACCCGAGGCUAAGAUGAACCACAAGGUCAAGUGUGACUAUUAUUAGAUUUUAUACGCCAUUAUUUUAAUUGCUUAUAUCAGUGUUGGAGAUUAUCAAUACCUUAACUUCUGUUACAUUUCUAUUGAAUUUCUGUUUAAUGUUAUCAAUUUCUUGUUAGUACCUCGCUUCUAAAUUUUACAACUCAAAUUUAUCGUCAUUGCUAUACUGAAUUUUGUAAAUCACUACAAUUUUGAAUGUUAUCAGAUUUUUCAAUGGCUUGUAACUGCUUAAAGAAUAAUUUCUUUUCAA